AUGGAUCACGAGCGAUUGAAAAAAAAUAGAUACUCUCUUAAAGCCCUUUCAAGGGAGAGAAGCCUGUUGAAUAUGACGCGAGAUGAACUUGCACACAUACCGAAAGAGGUACUUAUAUGCUGCACGCCAAAUGAAAUAGCACAUGUAUGGAACAAACCGCCGGAUUAUUUGAAGGAGGACGCUGAUAUACAGCGAUUCCAAUUCUGCUGGGAACACCAUGGAAUAAGCAGGAGUGAUGAUGAAGCAGAUGGACCGCCACCAAGGAAAAUAUUUUGUUGUUACUGUAACAUGCAAGAUAUCAAUGUUAAAAAUACAUCUGAAUCAAACUACUGUUGUAAUCAAUAA